AUGAGUGUGAGUGCAUCAUCAACAACCAAUGUUGCUUGUGUAUGGGGCGCCAACGGGAUAUCUGGUAUAGGCAUGAUCGAUACGCUUAUCGAUCAGUCCUAUAGCGAAUUUAGUAAAAUUAUAUGCAUAUCUCGACGACCAAUGCAAAUCAAUCUUACAGAUGAUCGCAUUCAUUUCAUUUCAAUUGAUGUUAUGGAAGCUAGUAUUGACGAUAUUGUCGAUGAGUUAAUUAAAGUCGACGGACGUACAAUUACCCAUAUGUUUCAUUAUGCAUAUAUUUCGAAAAUGGAUGAAACCGAACAGGAUCAUGUUAAUAAGGUACUCUUACAGAAAGCACUUGAUGUAACCGCAAAAAUAGCUGGUCAAAAUGUGAAAUGUGUAUCAUUACAAACGGGAUAUAAAUACUAUGGCGCACAUAAAGGACCACAACAUAUGCCUACACAACCGUUUGUUGAGGACGCACCUCGUCAUGAAGGGGUGAAUUUUUACUAUAGUCAAGAAGAUCUUAUUAAAGAGUAUGCGCAGAAAAACAAGUGGAAUUAUAGUAUUACGCGUCCGAAUUUAAUUAUUGGAGUGUCGAAAGGAAAUUUUAUGAACUUUGCUGUGAGUUUGGCAAUAUAUGCAAGCGUGCAAAAAGAAAAAGGUGAACCAUUGAUUUUUCCCGGACAUGAACUUGCUUGGAAUAUUGUUCUCGAUCAUUCGAGUUCAUUGAAUAAUGCACGAUUUCAAUUAUGGGCAGCAACUAAUGGUCAUACGGCAAAUGAAAUAUUCAAUAUUCAUAAUGGUGAUAAGGUUCAAUUUCGAAUACUGUGGCCAAAAUUCGAAAAAUAUUUUGGCUUCGCGCAUCAUGAACAAAAGUUUCCUGAGAAUAAGAUGGCACCGCAACUGGUUUUGUUUGAAUACAUGACCCAAAAUAGAGCAGUCUGGGAUGAAGUUGUUCAACGCCAUAAUCUUGAUCAAGCAUCGUUCGAUUAUGCGACAUGGAUGUUCUCUUUCUUUCUUCUUAAUGUUCCAUACAAUAUUGAAGGUGAUUUGAGCAAAGCGAGAAAGUAUGGAUGGACGACGACAGUGGACACUGCCGAUGCUUAUAUUCAAUGUUUCGAUCGAUUAAAACAAAUGAAACUUCUCUCGAUAUUGUGCAGUUCAUCAUCGGUUACAGUUCGUUGUUGGAAUACUUUACCUGUUUCAUCGUGCUUGAUCUUUUCCGUGACUGUAUUCAUUGGUAUAACACAAAUUCGAAUCUUAAUUUUCUACACGACUCAUCAAGAUCCUAUGAUAUGUCUCGAUCAGCCAAAUUCGUUUCAAAAGCUCAAUGGAAUAUUUCUGUUGAUUAUUUGGAGUUUGAUCCCAUCGUUAGCAAUGCUUAUCUUCGAUCUUCUUACCAUCCGUAAUAUUCAAAAGUCAGAACAACGAACAUUCGAUCACGAUGUGAUCAACCGACGACAAAAAACGUAUCAAACAUCAUCAGCUGCCGGUGCUAUCGGUGGCAUGUAUAAUGUGAUUGAUAGUAGUUUACGUAAAGAUCCAUUGUCAUUAGCUGUGAAAGGUCUAACAGGAAAUGUUCUCUCAUUCGUUGAUUUACUCAGUCCAUGUAUGGGUUUUUACUUAUGCACAUUAUCGAGUCAACUAUUUUGGCGUGAACUUGUACAUUUACUUUCAGUUCGCCAAUGA